UGUAUUGAUUACAGAGAACUGAACAAGGUCACUGUUCGCAACAAGUACCCGUUGCCCAGAAUUGAUGACCUGUUUGAUCAGUUGAAGGGAGCUACUUACUUCUCAAAGAUCGAUUUGAGGUCUGGUUAUCAUCAGCUACGAGUCAGAGAACAAGAUGUUCCAAAGACAGCAUUUCUCACGAGGUACGGAUCUUAUGAGUUUCGUGUUAUGCCUUUCGGUUUAACGAACGCUCCAGCUGUCUUUAUGGACUUGAUGAAUAGAGUAUUCAGAGAAUACUUAGAUCAGUUUGUCAUUGUUUUCAUUGAUGAUAUUCUGGUUUACUCUAAGUCGGAGAAGGACCAUGCUAGACAUUUACGCACAGUAUUGCAGACACUUCGAGAACAUCAGUUGUUUGCGAAGUUUGAGAAGUGUGAAUUUUGGCAGAUCCCAUCAAAUUUGAUAAACUUUUGCAUGAUAAACCUUUUUAGCCUCCCAAUUUGUUCUAUCUCAUUGGUGAAGGGGGUUUUGAUUAUGGAGGCUGUGAACUCUCUGGACAUGUCUUCAGGCGUUUGGUCCUUCAGUCCCUUGAUCUGUUCAUCCACUUCUCUCCUGAACUUGCCCGGAUAUCGUUGUCAAUCAAAUGUUGAAGAUAUCCCUUCGGAAUUAAAGUGUUACGUUUCUCAGAUUCAGCGUGAUCUUCAAAGCCUUGUGUUAGUGUAUAACGUGUUGGGACUAGCAGCCGGUUCAACUGUUCCUUCCAAUGCUCGAGCUGUUGAUCUUAGGGGAUCCGUCGAUCAACAGCUGGCAAGGGAGGAGGCAUCAGCCCUGAGUUUCUCGUUCUCCUGUUGUAGGGCAUUGAUUUAA